AUGGACGAAUGUAGUGUGAAUGUAGAAUCGCCGGUUGAUCCUGAACAAAUUAGUACAGCUACCUCAGCGACAAGUUCUCCGCGAAAUGGUACCACUAGUGAGGAAUGCUCGCAAAUACAAUCACUCUACGGCAAAUACAGUACUCAACAAAAGGAAAUAGAACGGUUAGAAGAGCAAAAUGCGGAAUAUCGUGAAAAGUUAUUGAAGACGAUACGAGAACGCGAUCUCAAUGACGAACUUCUGCGGAAUGUACGUGAGGCACAUAAGAAGGAAGUAUCAGAAUUGGAGAGGCGCUUAAGAGACUAUGAAAUACAGUUGAAAGCUGUACAGGAUCGCGCAUCUGCACAAGAAGCUCAUUACAAUGUAACUAUGAAGGAUCUUUCACUUAAAUAUAACACAUCUGUUAGUCAACUCACUAAAAAAGCAGAUGUUGCCGAAAAAGAAAAGAACGACGCAGUCAUUAAGUACGCUACACGAGAAGCCGAGAUGAUGCGAAUGCGAUCAGAAGUGCAGAAAAAGGACCAAGAGUUGCAAGAAUGCAGAAAAGCAAAAGAGGAGCUGGAGCAGUGCCAAAGUCAGGAGAAUGUAGAGCAAUUGGAAAAAUCUAACAGUAAUCUCCGGAUUGAAAUUGAACAUAUCAAGCAUGAAAAAUUUGACAUGGAGAAUAGAUUGAAGAUGGCCGAAAAAAGGGCUGAAGCAUGUACUACAUCUGUUACUGAGCUUAGACAGCAAUGUGACGUUCUUCGUAAACAGCUUAUCCAGUCCAAGGAAGAGAAAGCUCAACUCCAGGAAGAGCAUCGACAACUGUCUUUGAAAACCCAGGUACAAGAAUCGCGAAGACAGCAUGAGUCUCAGGAGUUGAGUAAAUCACAACAGGAUUUGGAGCAACGGUUAGCGGAAGCGAACUCUAACAUCGCAUGUCUAAGCGAAGCUAACAGAGAAGUGAACGGAAAGCUAGAGGAUGUGACAAGGGAAAAUCUUGAUUUGCUCAAUAAACUUCAAGAUCUCGAAGAUAAGCUUUCGUUAGAAGAAGAAGCUCAUAGUGCAGCUUCCAUCGAACUUUCACGACUCCAGGGAAUAGAGAAUCAGGUUUUGAGCUAUAAAAGGACAGCUGAACGAGCUAAAGCAGCUCAGGAACAAGCAGAGAAAGAGCGUGAGGUGGCAGAGCAAGAAGCAGAGGAAUGCAGGCAGCAGGCUGAAAGAAUGUUAGCCAUAACUGAACAACUCACCCAACGGAAUAGUCAGUUGGCGAGUGAUGUGUCUGCGGAUCGAGAGAAGAACUGUCGGCUUGAGCAGCAACUGGUAGAGACGGAAGGAUCGCUGAGUAGAGCUUUGUCGAAACUUGCAGAGAGGGAAAAGGAUUUAGAAGAAGCUACUGGAAGUGGUCAAUCUGAGAUAGCUUCUCUGAAGAGCGAACUCAACGAAAAGAUAAUCAAAGUUCAAGAACUCUCUCAACGAUUGCAAGAAGAACGUACAGAUCAUGCAGCUUUGAAGAAAAAAUACUUGGCUAAUAUUAAGGAGCUAAAGCAUGAAUUGUCAAGCCUCCGAAAGCAAAUGGACACCAAUACAGGAAACGCUCCACUUGCUCCACCCCCUUCAGGUGAUUCUGCUCCAAGUACAAGUUCAAGAUCCAGAGCAAGCUCAUUGAACAGCCUGGACAGAGUAACGACUGUAUCGCGUGAUGAAGAUGGUUCACAAGCGGGAAAUGCGGUGCCAAGCGAAUCAAAUGCAAUUCAGCAAGUGAUGAUAGAUAAGAUAAUUGUUCUACAAAAGAAACUGGCGAGAAGAAACGACAAAAUUGAGUUUUUGGAAGAGCAUGUUCGGCAUUGUUUGGAAGAACUGCAGAAGAAGACAAAAAUCAUCCAACACUAUGCGUUACGCGAGGAGGCGUCACUAUUAUUGCCAUCGGAUGGAUCUCUUGAGCAGGUUCCAUUGUCAAGAAAGGGCGCCUCAUACUCGCUUAUGGGAACGAUUUUCUCAGCAGGAAGCGACAAAAGAUCAUUGCAACUCGCUGCAGAGGUGAAUUCCAGAUUACAGGCCGUGUUAGAGGAUGCCCUUAUGAAGAACAUAACAUUGAAGAGUUCGGUGGACUCGCUCAGCAACGAGGUGUCGCGAUUGUCUAGAGAAAAUCGCCAGCUCACUUUAACACAUAGUCGGUGCAGUGAGCAACACGUAUAG